AUGUUAUCAACAGGAGAUGUACAAAAUUAUCUUCGUAAAUUGCAAACGGAACUACGUUUCAUCAAAUUUCGUGAUGUGGAUUAUAAAUCACUCCAAACAGGCAACCCAUGUGAAUUCCUAAAAAUUUAUCACUAUGUUUUCUUGGAUUAUAAUCCAUUGUUCGCAAAAAGCUUACUCGACAAAUGCGGUUGCGAUUUCUACGGCAAGACAGACAGUCAUUUUGUGGAUACAAUGUAUAAAGCGUUACGUGAUCAUUUCAGUUAUAAACCACCGAUCACGAAAGAACAAUUCUUCACGACAGGCUUUGCCGAACGAAAACUGCAAAUGGCGUGUGACGUCAUCGUAUUGGUGCGGCAAGAGUGUAAGGAAAUCAAUAUGAUUCAACAACAGAAACGUUCAGGAUCUAACUCAGCACGGUUGACGAAUGGUAAUAAGGAAAAGAAACGUGUUUCAUCAAGUACACAACAAGGACCUGUUCCGAAUGCUUUUCAUCCUUUACGGGACAUGAGUUUAGAACCAGCUAAUCACGAUGUUGAACAAUUUACAUCGGUUCAAGCACAUCAUUUGACUGUGCCAAAGAAACAGCAUAUCGAAAGUUGGUUAGAUGGAUCGGAAUUUGAAUCUUCGUCAAAUCCUCGAAAUCAGAUCGGAUCGCUUACUGCUAUGACACUUCAACGUUUGGAAGAACAAAUUCAAAUGUUAAAAGUUAAAGUUGAAGAUAUCAAUGCUCGACUGGAAAAUGUCACUUCGAUUCUACAAGAAACUCAUUCUGGAAAUAGCUUUUUAUCAUCAUCCGAUGUUUCGAAUUUCAAUGCACGCUUAGUUAUUGUUGAAAAUGAAUUAGCGAUGUUACGACGAAAGACACCCCAGAACAAUGAUACCCACGUCACUCUUCCUGAACCGAAACCAAAACAACCAUUUGUUCCACAAGGAAUUCUCGUUGAUUCAGACGAGGAAGAAGAAAUGAUUAAGAGCUAUGCAAUCGAAGAACCAAUUCAGGAUGCUGAUGUUGUUGAACGUGCUCGCUCGUUACUUGAAAAUGCUGAACAAUGUAAUCGUGACUUACUACGAAGAAUUCAAACGAAAACAUGA